CACUGUGCCCUUCCAGGCCCUGUUUCAGCCGGGCAGGAAGGAGGGGACCCAGCUUGGCUGGGGGCACUGGCAGGGGGCCCUGAGGUGGGUCAGCCAGGCCUGGAUGCUGCCUCCAGGUUCUGUGUAGGGCACCUGCCAGCCCAUACCCCUCUCUUGGGCCAAUCACUGUACGAACAGGGCAGAAGCCAAGAAAGAAAAGGAGAGGUCUUGGCACAGCUGGACAGGGGAGUGGAGGGAUCCUGCCAGCCUGGGGCCUGAAAGCAAGACAGUCGACAACACCUCUACCCUGGAGCCAACCGCCCUGAUCCCUGAAGGGCCAAACAGACUUCACAGUCACAGAUAUGAACACAUGAGCUCUGGUUACUGCAGGAAGACAACAGGGACCAGGGGAGGCAGAGAGGCUGGGACACACUCAGGUCCAGUUUUACCAAGCCCCGCCCUGCCAAUGACAAUGGAAUAGCAUGGAAUAAACCAGAGCCGGCCCAACUACUGAUGCAAGGCGAGAGGACUCACCACAGACUUGGAGAGAACCCUGGAAUCUCCAAGUUACCCCAUCCGCAUGGACUCUGUCCCCCUGAGGUCAGCCAGUUCACAUGACGCACUAGUGCCUGGGCUCUGGGUUCAGAUCCCCUGUUGCCGCUUCCUUGCUGUAUGUGUUCAGCCAGCUCGCUGUCCCUCUCUGGACCUCGGGUACCUCGUCGUUCACCCAAACUGGGGAGAGCCUCUCGCCGUGGCAGCAUCCCAGCCUCACCCGGACGAGGGCCACCCACCACCCCUUGAAGCUGUCCCAGUCCCCUGGAAGAGCGUGGGCCCCUGCAAAAGCCACAGGGAGUCCCUGGGAGGCCUGCCGGAGACCCCUGCAGGGGAGGAAGCCCAAGGCGAGGAGGGCCCUGCAACCACCCAGCUGGACGUGUCACGCCUGCGCAGCUCUUCCAUGGAGAUCCGAGAGAAGGGCUCGGAGUUUCUGAAGGAGGAGCUGCACAAAGCCCAGAAGGAGCUGAAGCUGAAGGAUGAGGAGUGUGAGCGGCUGUCCAAGGUGCGGGAACAGCUGGAGCAGGAGCUGGAGGAGUUGACAGCCAGUCUGUUCGAGGAAGCCCACAGGAUGGUGCGGGAGGCCAACACGAAGCAGGCGGCGUCGGAAAAGCAGCUGAAGGAGGCCCGGGGCAAGAUUGACAUGCUGCAGGCAGAGGUGACAGCUUUGAAGACACUGGUCAUCACGUCUACACCAGCCUCUCCCAACCGCGAGCUCCACCCGCAACUGCUCAGCCCCACCAAGGCCGGACCCCGCAAGGGCCACUUGCGCCAUAAGAGCACCAGCAGCGCCCUCUGCCCCGCCGUGUGCCCCGUUGCCGGGCACAUCCUCACCCCGGACAAGGAGGGCAAAGAGCCGGGGCUGCCUCCCCUUCUCUCCCUGCUCCUCUGCGUGGUCCCCAGCAAGGCGGCUCACCUCACCUACGAGCCGGCCUGGCAGCUCCCGCCUGGGGAGCUGCCCGUGGGCCUCACCUCCGCUACCUCCCUCUCCUUUUCCCGACAGGUGGACACAACCCUGUUUGCAGAGUUCCAGGCCUGGAGGGAAUCGCCCACCCUGGACAAGACCUCCCCGUUCCUGGAAAGGGUGUACCGGGAGGAUGUGGGCCCCUGCCUGGACUUCACCAUGCAGGAGCUCUCGGCCCUCGUCCGGGCCGCCGUGGAGGACAACACACUCACCAUCGAGCCCGUGGCUUCGCAAACCCUGCCCGCAGUGAAGGUGGCUGCCGUUGAGUGUGGUCGCACCAAUGGGUUCCGGGCCCCGAUUGACACUACAUGUGCCCUGAGUGGGCUGGCCUGCGCCUGUCGUCACCGAAUCCGGCUCGGGGACUCUGAGAGCCACUACUACAUCUCACCGUCCUCCCGGGCCAGGAUCACGGCCGUGUGCAACUUCUUCACCUACAUCCGCUACAUCCAGCAAGGCCUGGUGCGGCAGGACGCGGAGCCCAUGUUCUGGGAGAUCACAAGGCUGCGGAAGGAGAUGUCACUGGCCAAGCUAGGCUUCUUCCCUCACGAGGCUUAGGGCAUGGCCCAGGCCUGGAGGGCGGCUCUGAGCUGGAAACAACACCCGCCCCAGGACAGACUGACAGACGGGGUCCUGGAGCCAGCCCUGAGCUAGAAGCUGAACGGAGGGACAAAUGGCCAGGCCUCGGAGGCAGCACUGAGCCGGCCCCAAAUGUCCAACCCUGGACAGGACCUCAGGAGGUGACCUCCUCUCCUCCAUAGUACUGCAGCCACCAGGAGACUUUCAAGAAAGCGCCAAAGACCAGGAGCUGGGAGCCAUUGCAGAGGGGCUCAUCCCUUGGCAGGGGCCCCCCGGGGCAGCCAGCACCUCCUUGCUAUCCCGGGAGCUGUUGCCUGCUGGUGCCUCGCUGGUCCCAUCUCCAGGGUAUCGUUCUCAUCCUUCCAGUUCGCAAGCCCUGGGCACCAGCACCCCCUAGUGGCCAUGCUUCACCCCAUCCACAAAUGGCCUCCCCACCGAAGGCCUAGUGGGCCUGCCAUCCCAGGUACCCAUGGCACAGCAGAGUUAGGAGGGGCGGGCAGGGCCUCCCCGGCUGUCUUCCACUCCAUCCUGUAUCUGCCAGAGAUGGAUCGGGGCCCUCGUCCCCCUCCCUCCCUGCUGGCUGAGCCCUACGCUGCAGGGAGCCCCGCCUGCAGCCCUGCUGGGAGGAUGGGGGCACUGUCCUCCCAGAGUCAAACACAGAUGGGCCACAGGACGCCCAGGCCUCUUUUCAGCUGUGCCUGGCCAUUCAGACAACGGGGGCUGAGAUCGCCCAGCCCUGCACGCAGGCCUGGGGUGGGGCGGGCAGGACCUGGGCCCCUCCUCACCCCGCAUGGUGCCGGGGAGCCAACCUGGACACAUCCCUCACCACGUCCAAUUUCCUCCUCUGAAUGGAAUGUAACGCAGUCUAUUUAAUAAAGGAUGGCUUUGUUGGUA